AGCAGAGAGGAGUUUUCGUCCAAUGUUUGUUGCGCUUAGUUAACGCGGGUAUCGAGAUAUCGCUGUGGUUGUCUGGCUUUGUUGAGUCGUGGGAUACCCGUGGGGUGGAUGUACUAAAAUGGACAAUACGCCGACUUCAGCUAACAGGAAUGACGAAGUCAUUGAGGUAGACGGCGUUGCUACGAGACCGUUAGCUGCACGACAACCAAUCACUCCCAAGAGAGAUCAUGCGGGUCAUCCAUCCAGGAAACCAAAUGCUGGUUCUACAUCUUCUGAGAGAAAAUCUCCAGGAUGCUGCGAUAGAUUCAUGGGAGGACUUGUUGACUUGGUGUUGACAAAAGAUGAGGAUAAGCUUGCAUAUUUGAAGAACUAUAACUGCAUGCCUCCACCAAUCUUUAUAUUACUUGUCUCUAUCAUUGAGUUGGCAAUCUUCAUCUACUAUAGUGUGAUAGCAGAGACGAAGCAAUGGAUGACAUUAAACGAUGCUUUGCUUUCUAGUGUAUUGAUUUAUGAUCCAUAUAAAAGAGAACAGGCUUGGAGAUUCAUUUCAUAUCUGCUUCUCCACGCUGGAAUUGAACACAUUAUGGGCAAUAUACUAUUACAGUUGGUUAUUGGUAUUCCAUUAGAAAUGGUUCACAAAGGUCUGAGAGUAGGAACAGUGUACAUGUCGGGUGUUUUAGCAGGUUCACUUGCAAGCUCUAUGUUUGAUCCAUUCAUGUAUCUGGUUGGUGCUUCAGGGGGAGUAUAUGCUCUCAUAGGAGGGUAUUUCUCUAAUCUUGUCAUGAACUGGUCAAAAAUGGCAAUGAAUGGUCUUCAUCUUGUGAUGGUUAUUAUUCUAGUGCUGGUUGAUUUUGCAUUUUCAAUAUAUAGAAGAUUUGUAUAUUAUCCUGAAGGUGGCCAGCAAGUAUCGUUUGUUGCUCAUUUAGCAGGAGGAUUGGCAGGCAUCACGAUUGGUUAUGUGGUCUUCAGCAAUUUCAACAAAAAAUUGUCAAAAGAUCCAAAAUUUUGGGUUUGCCUUCUUUCAUACUUUGGGUGUUGCGCAGUUGCUGUAUUUUGGAAUUUGUUUUUAUCACCUGUUGGAACUAUUUGAUUUGACUCUGCCAAUUUGAGCAAAUUUAAAUAAUUAAGAAAUUUGCACAUUAGGUACUUUGCUUUCGCUUAACUAUUAGUUCACUUUAUUUUUAUUCCAAAGAAAGUCAUUAUGUCCAAAGCAGUAACUACCAUAGUCAUGCAACUGAAACACAAACAAGGUUUAUUUGGUUUCCAAUACCAGCACAGUCUCAGAGUCUCAUAUAUUAGGUGAAUUUAGUGAUGUAUGGGAUUGCAUAUUUCAAAUACCAUUUACAGGGCCGUGUGCUGAGUUCUUAAUAUUUUAGGAUUGGAUUUCAUAAAUACAGGGUUGUCAAAAAUAAACGGAACCCAUAAAUUUCCUAAUUCGACGAAAUUUAAGAAAACUUAUUUUAUACCUGAACUUCUGUUUUUGAGUAUGAUUGUACCAAAAAUUUCAGUAGUCCAUGUCAUUUUACACAAAAGUUAUGUUCUGUCUAUAAUAUGUUUAAAUUGACCUGGGUUCUGUUUUUUUAUUAUUGAGGUCACCUUGUACCAACUCAAUUCAAUAUUAUUUGGUAUAUUUAGUCAAAUUGAAUUAUUUUCUAUACAAAAUUGCACUUAUUUGAUGAUGACAUAUUCUCACAUUUUCAUCGUUCCAUCAGAGUGAAUUAUCUCAUGUCUCUUUUAUAUGUACACCCAAGUUUGGGAUAAUGAGCAAAAAUUUUUGACUUUGUUUAGGUAACACAUUGUCAACUGCUUGCUUUUUUACACAUCUUGAAAUGUCUUCAAUUCAUAUUUUACUCUUGCAAUUUGCGAACGCUGCACUGCAUGUCUUUUUUUCUAUCUCUUUUUUAUUUACCUAGUAGAACUGUCCCGUUAACAACAUUCAUAUAUGCAUUAAUUUUACUAUUCCAUCAGGAAUGCCAUGUACUAUGAAGAAUAAUACAAAUCCUCGUUCGUUGUUA